AUGCCCUUGGCCAAGAGUCUCACGGAGCCCGCCGGGGGGCUCAGACUCGCCCCGACGCCCCCGGGGCCAGGGGCGCUUUCCGUCGGUUCCGAGACCCAGGACGCCCUGGGCCCAGGGCUCGGCGCUGGGCUUCGCGCCCGUCCCCACGUCUUCCCUACGGCCCCACCGCCAGGGCGCGGGGCCGCAGCCGUCUGCGCCACAGUCUCCGCCGAGAGUCGCCGCGGUUUCCUGCUUCAACAGUGCUUGGACGGAACCCGGCGCUCGUCCCCCACCCGGGCCGGCCGUUCAGAGCUAGCCCUCCGCCAUCUCUUCGUCGCGCCCUCGGACCGCUCCAAGGCCCCCGCCGCCGCUCGCCGCCGCCUUUUCUCAGCCGCCGCCAUGACGACCGCGUCCCCCUCGCAGGUGCGCCAGAACUACCACCAGGACUCUGAGGCCGCCAUCAACCGCCAGAUCAACCUGGAGCUCUACGCCUCCUACGUCUACCUGUCCAUGUCUUACUACUUUGACCGCGAUGAUGUGGCUUUGAAGAACUUUGCCAAAUAUUUUCUUCACCAAUCUCAUGAGGAGAGGGAACAUGCUGAGAAACUGAUGAAGCUGCAGAACCAACGAGGUGGCCGAAUCUUCCUUCAGGAUAUCAAGAAACCAGACCGUGAUGAUUGGGAGAACGGGCUGAAUGCAAUGGAGUGUGCAUUACAUUUGGAAAAGAGCGUGAAUCAGUCACUACUGGAACUGCACAAACUGGCCACUGAUAAAAGUGACCCCCAUUUGUGUGACUUCAUUGAGACUCAUUACCUGAAUGAGCAGGUGAAAUCCAUCAAAGAAUUGGGUGACCACGUAACCAACCUGCGCAAGAUGGGGGCUCCCGAAUCUGGCAUGGCAGAGUAUCUCUUUGACAAGCACACCUUGGGAAACAGUGAUAGUGAAAGCUAAGCCUUAGGCUGUCUUCCCAUAGCCACAAGGGUGACUUCCCUGGUCACCAAGGCAGUGCAUGCAUGUUGGGGUUACCUUUACCUUUUCUAUAAGUUGUACCAAAACAUCUACUUAACUUCUUUCAUUUGUACCAUUCUUCAAAUAAAGUAAUUUGGUACCCA